AUGGAUUUGGAUAGCCGAAUAAAGGCUUAUAAGUUUGUCGCCUAUUCGGCGGUCUCCUUCUCAGUAGUUGCCGUCCUUUCGGUAUGUGUUACACUACCGAUGGUCUACAACUACGUUCACCAUGUGCAACGCACGAUGCACACUCAGAUCAAUUUCUGCAGGGGAUCUGCCAAAGACAUCUGGUCAGAGGUUGGUUACUUGAAAAAGAUCCCAGUCCCCAGCCACAACCGAACAGCCCGUCAAGCCAACGGAUGCGAAGCUUGCUGUCUCCCAGGUCCACCAGGUCCCAAGGGUCCACCUGGCAANCCAGGCAGACCAGGAAAACCAGGAGCACCAGGUCUUCCAGGUAACCCAGGAAGACCACCAAGCCAACCAUGUGAGCCGGUCACACCACCACCAUGCAAACCAUGCCCACCAGGACCACCAGGCCCACCAGGACCACCAGGAGCACCUGGAGACCCAGGACCAGACGGACCACCAGGCAAGCCAGGAAUGGGCGGUGCUCCAGGCGAACCAGGACCAAAAGGACCACCCGGACCACCCGGACCACCAGGACCACCAGGACCACCUGGACCUCCAGGACCAGAUGCCGCCGGAGGUGUUGUCCAACCCGGAGAGCCAGGAGAGCCAGGAGACCCAGGACCACCCGGACCACCAGGACCACCUGGACUUCCAGGAGCCGAUGGACCACCAGGACCACCAGGACCAAAGGGACCAGCCGGACCACCAGGCCCACCCGGACCACCAGGACCACCAGGCCCACCAGGAGCACCAGGACUUGCGGGAGCACCAGGCGAGAAGGGUAUUUGCCCGAAAUAUUGCGCUAUCGAUGGUGGUGUCUUCUUCGAAGAUGGCACUCGACGUUAG